AUGUCAGAAUUAUCAUCGAGAAAAGUACAAAAGUCGGCGGAACAAAAUCCUGUUGUUGAGGAGCUGGAGGCACAAAAGGAGAACCAGCAGAAGGAUGAUGGGAACAAAGAGAAGCAAGAAACCUCGAAAGUGUUUUUUGUUGAGUUGUGGGAGUCUAUAUUUACUCCAGGAACCACACCAGCGCUCAUUAAGGCCACCCACGGAUCGUUUAUUAUUUUGAUGUUGGUGUUUUUGUGCCUAAUAUUCGUUUCGAAGCCUGCGGUGCGAUUCCAUUUUAUUAAUCUUUUGCUUAUCACUAUGGCGUUCUACGCAGUGGUUGUGUGGUUUGUAAGGGAGUUGGAGUUGGCUAAACAACAAGAAGCUCUAGAAGCUUCUAAACGGGAGUAA